AUGCUUCACUUUGCUGACGAGAGGAGCAGGAUGAUGACGUGGAACGUGCGGGUCAGGGUGGCACUCGGGACUGCUCGAGCUUUGGAGUACUUGCAUGAAGUGUGUUUGCCUUCAGUUGUACAUAGAAAUUUGAAGUCGGCCAACAUUUUACUGGAUGAAGAGCUCAAUCCUCACCUUUCAGAUUGUGGAUUAGCUGCUAUGGCACCAAACACAGAACGACAGGUAUCGUCCACCCAGAUGAUAGGCUCAUUUGGUUACAGUGCACCUGAAUUUGCCUUGUCCGGAAUAUAUACUGUCAAAAGCGAUGUAUACAGCUUUGGUGUAGUCAUGCUCGAGCUUCUAACCGGAAGGAAACCUCUUGAUAGUUCAAGAGUGAGAUCAGAACAGUCGCUCGUGAGAUGGGCAGCUCCUCAGCUUCAUGAUAUAGAUGCUUUAUCGAAGAUGGUGGACCCCAACUUAAAUGGCAUGUACCCUGCAAAGUCGUUGAGCCGAUUUGCUGACAUCAUUGCUCUUUGUGUCCAGCCCGAACCCGAAUUUCGGCCCCCCAUGUCUGAGGUAGCACAAGCGCUUGUCCGGUUGAUGCAAAGGGCAAGCAUCUUGAAAAAACAGUCGAGUGAUGGAUCUGGUUUUGUGCUUCGAACUCCCGACCCUGAACCAAGUGACAUGUUAUGA